AUGAAAGAGAGACUUUUAGUAUCAGUACCUAAUGGAAGUUAUUUAAAAAAAAAGAAACAAUGGGUUUUAGUAAAAUUAAAAUUACAUGAUAGUAAAUAUAAAACAAAAUAUGUUAAUGGUGGUGAAAAUGUAAUAUUUCAAAAAGAGACAUUUAUAUUUGAAGUUAAUGAAGAUGUUUAUCCAGCUGGUGAAAUGGAAUUAAAAGUUAAGACAUGGGAAAUGUUAAAAAGUGGUGAAUCAUUUUGUUUUGCAACAUUACCAUUAGCACCAAUAACUUUAGAGAUUAGAAAUUUAAUGAAUGAUCAAUCAACAAUUAGUAGUAGUAGUAAUAGUAAUAAUAGUAACACCACCACCACCAAUCGUAAUGGAGCAACAUCACCACCACCAAUUUAUUUAGAUAAAGUCAUAAAUUUAAAGAAUAAAAAAGGUGAAAUCAUACCAAAUUCAACAUUAACUUUAAAUUUUGAAUUAGUACCUGAAAAUGAUAGUACAACAAUGAAAUCAUUACCAUUAAUGUUUCGUUGGUUUCCAUCAUUACCACAUCAAGAACAAGUUAUAUCAGAAUGUUAUUGUACAAAACAAGCAAAGAAAAUGGCAAGUAUGUCACAUACAGGUACAAUGUAUAUUACACAAGGAUUUAUUGGAUUUCGUAGCACAUCAACAUUAGCAAAGAAUAAGAAAACAUUGAUUUCAUUUAAAGAGAUUAAAAGUAUAAAGAAAAAGAUUGGUACAUUUUAUUUACCAAAUGCAAUUCAAAUUAGAACUAGUAAAAAGAAAUAUUUAUUCGCAUCAUUCAUUCAUCGUUCAAAAGCAUUUAAAGUUUUAAAUAGUCAAUGGAUUGCAAAUGGUGGUGGUGAAAAUUUAGAUGAUGACGAUGACGAUGAAGAAGAUGAUGAUGAUAACGAGGAUGAAGAAGAAGACGAUGGAAAUAGUACAUAUGAUUCUGAUGAAAUAUCAUCUCAAAUAACUGAUAAUUUCGAUCAAGAUGAUGAUGAGUUGGUAAAUAUAAAUAAUAAUAAUAAUAGUAAUGGUAAUGCUUUAAAUAGUCAUAUUGGUAAUCGUAUAGCUGGUAAUAAAAGUAAUAGUAGUAAUAGUUUAAUGGGAAGUGGAUCAGGUACAAAUAGAGCAUUAUCACCAUUAUCAAAAACAACAUCAAAUAGUAAGAAAAGAUCAUUAUCAAUUAGUGGUAGUGGUAGUAGUGGUGGUGGUGGUAGUAGUAAUUCACCAAAUAGGGGUACACCAACUUUAAUUUCACCUGAAAAUAAUUUAACCUCCUCCUCAACAUCUUCAAAUAAUAGUAAUAUUAAAAUUUCAAUUGAAAUUGAAGAUUUUGAAAAAUUUGGUAGUUCAAGUGUAAUAACAUUAACAAUUUCUAAAGAUUCAUUAGUUUGUGAAUUAUUAGAUAAAAUAAGGAGUAGAUUAUCAACAACCACAACAUCAUCAUCAAUAGUUGAUCAAUCACAGUAUAUAUUAGUAAAGAGUAAACCAAGUAAAAAAUCAAAAAGAAAUAGUAAGAAAUUAAAUAAAAUACCAACUUUAGAUAAACAACCAUCAUUACAAUCUUUUGAAUCAUUAGUUAAAGCAUUAAAUAAAAAUAAAGAUCAAUUAUCAUUAAUUCAUACUCAAUCAAUAACUUUAAAACAUCGUAUUAAUACUUCACCAAUUAAUACACCAGUGAAUUCAAAAUCAAAUAAUAGUAGUAGUAAUAAUAAUAAUAAUAAUAUAACAACACCAUUAAAUAAUAAUUCAAUAAUUGGUGAAAAAAAAUUUUAUAUUUUAGAAGAAGAUAAAACUGUAUCAUCAUAUUUUAGUAAUAGUACUAAUAAUAAUAAUAUUAGUGAAUUAUUAUAUUUUAAAAAAUUUUCAAUUGUUAAAGAUAUAAAUUUACAAUUUGAAUUGGUAGAAGAUAAAUCAAGAUGUAUUAAAUUAUCAAUUGAUAUUGAUUCUAAAAUAUCAGAAAUCUUUAGAGAAUUAUCAACAUAUAUUGGAAAGAGAAUAACAAUUGAAGAAUAUUAUCUAUUUUUACCAAAGAGUAUUGAACGUGGUGUUGUUUUAAAUCCUUUAAAAUCAUUACAUACUUAUAAUAUUACAAAAUCAAAUACAACAAUUCAAGUUUUAAAAUGUCCACCUUUUAAAUCAUUUAUAGAUAAGUUUAAAUAUUAUGAUAAAAAUGAUAAAAAUUUAUUAUUUGAAUUAGUUCAAUGUUGUUUUAGUAAUUCAUUACCAUAUAUGAAACCGGUUGAUAUGGAAUCUCCACAACAAUUUUUAGAUAGAUUACAAAGAAAAUUAAUGAUUGAUGAUGUUGAAGCAAGAGCAAUUACAAAGAAUCUAUUAAUCAAUUCUACAUAUAAAGAUGAAGGUAUUUUAGUGGAAUUAAAGAGUAGAGCAGAAUCAUUAUUAUUAGAUUCAAAUCCAUAUUAUAAUGAAUUUUCUUUUUCAAAUGGUGGUGAAAGUUCAAAUUUAGGUAUUAGACAACAAAAUUUAAGACAACAAAAUAAUUUAAUUGAAGGUAGUAAUGGUAAUAGUGAAAGUGUAGAAAAUGGUGAAGAGAAUAUUAAUGGUGAUAAUGAGAUUAAUAAUGAUGAUGAUGAUAAUGAUGAUGAUAAUAGUAUAUUAUUUAAAAGUAAUUAUGAAAAAUGGAAAUCAUUAGAAUUAAAAGAGAUAUCACGUGUAAUGAGAUCAAUAAUUUUUAAAGAAGGUGAUUUCAUUGGUUGUAUUUUUAUAAAUGUAUUACAAGCAAUUGAUUUGAAAUUACCAUCACCAACAAAUAAUAAUAAUAAUUGUUAUAUAAUUAUAUCAAAUGGUGGUAAUAGUUUAAGUGGUAGUGAAAAGUUCGUAAAAACAACAACAAUUUCAAAUGAUAAUAAUCCAUUAUGGUCCGAAUCAUUUUUAAUUAAAAUUAAAAAACCAAGAUCAAAAUUAGAAUUAUUAUUAAUGAAUAAUGAUGAGUGUAUUGGUAUUGUUGAAAUUAAUGUUAAAGAUGAAUUAGAAGAUAGAAUAAUAAUAAAUAAUAAUAAUGAUAAUAAUAAUAAUAAUAAUAAUAAUGAUAAUGAUAAUAAUGAAAUUAUAAAAGAAGAUUGGUAUUCAAUUAAAAGUGUUAUAAAUAAUAAUUUAGAAAUUGGUAAAAUUAAUUUAUCAAUUGAAUAUCAAUAUCAAUUUCAAGAGUAUAAUCAAUAUUUAUUACAAUUGGAUCAACGUCAAAUUAUAUUAAAAUCAUAUAAUAGUGGUGGUGGUGGUGGUGGUGGUAAUAAUGUUGAUAAUUUACCAAUUAAUAAUCCAAAUUCAUCAAUUAAUUUACAACAUAGAUGUUCAGUUUUACAUAUAUCAUUAUAUUCAACAUUAUUUAAUUUUAUAUUAGAAGAACAAGAGAAUUAUAAAUUAUCAUUAUUGAAAUCAAAUAUUAAAUCACCAACAUCAUAUACACCUUCAUCAGUUCCACCAAAAUUUAUAAACCCAUUCGAUGAUACAACAAAUGAUGACAAAGAAGAGGAUGUUUGGAUAUUAAGUUAUUUUAGAAUGUUAUUGAAUCAAUAUUCACUUAGAUAUGGAUUAUCAAAAUCAACGACAAUGGUAGUUCAAUUAAGUAUAAUGGCAGAUAGAUAUAAAUUAGAGAUGAAACCAUCGUUAGCAUCUUCAACUACAGCAUUAUCAAAUAAAAGUAAAAAUUAUAUAAUGGAAUUACAAGAACUUUUAGAAGGAAUUUGGGAGAUUAUUAAUGAAACACCAUUCAUUUUCAUAAAGGGUGAAUUAAAAUCAAUUCAUUCAAGUGUUGUAUUACUAUUUUCACAAAUUAAAUUCACCAUUGGUAGAUUCUAUGAAUCAUUCCCAAAUAAUAAACCAAGAAAUGCUUUGAAAGGGUUAGUUCAAUCGUUAGGUUCCAUUUGUAAUUUAUUAAAUUUAAAUAUCACUGGUGAACCACAACAUCAAUCAAUCUAUUUCAAUUAUCUUUUAUCAUCAACCAUUAUAAUUGAACAAAAAAAGAAAUUUGAAGAGAAUAUAAUUGCAAUGGGUUUCCUUCAAAUGGAAUUAUCAAGUAAAAUCAAACAAGUAUCUGAGAUCUCUCUAAUGUUAAUAGAAUUGAUCGAAAUCAUUCAAGAGGAAGUUAAUAACACUCUCAAGUAUGAAUCUGCCUUCCCAAUUGAUGUAAAGAUAACUUGUGAUUUGAUUGAUGUUUGGGGUGGUUGUAUUCUAACGAUUAUGGAGGAUUUUUGUAGUUGGGCACCAUACCAUCCAAACAUUUUACCAUUGGUUAAAAGGGUAUUGGAUUAUCAUAAUUUCACAAAAUCAAUUGCAAUGGAAAGAUUUAAACCAAUGCCAUUGAAACAAUUGUUUGUAACUUAUGUUUACAAGUUAUUAAAAGAAAUCAAUGAAACACUUUCAAAUUGUUGUAUUGAAUCGAUUAAAAGUGAUGAUAAGAAAACUUUGGCUUCCAUUACACUAGGUCAUAGUUUUAGUUUUAAAAAAUUCUUUCAACAAUGUGAUCAAUCAUUAAAAGAUUUCGAUUCAUUAAUGUGGUUACCAGAUUCUUUCUCUUUUGUUCAACUAUUGGAAGUUAUUAGCUCACAAAUCAUUCACUAUGUAAAUUUAUUAAAACAAGAAUUUUAUGAUUGGAUAGAAGCAACUGAAGUUGAAUCAAUCGAUGGUAAACCACCCAUUUUCACUCUAAACAUUGAACCAUGUAUAAUGUAUAAUAAUAUCGAACAAUCAAAAGCUAAAUUGGAUUCUUUAGCCUCAACAAUUCAUUCAAAUCUUUUAAAUAAUCUAAAGGAAAGAAAGAAACAAGGUGAAAUUCAAAAUCUAGAUAAAUAUACAAAACAAUGUAUUGAAGAUAGUUUUAAACUUUGUCUUGACGAUACUCAUAAAUAUUUAAAUCAAUCAAUUGAUGAUUUGGAGGAUUUCCUUUGUAAAAGAAUUAAAAAUUAUUUAUUCUAUUGUUUUCAAUCAGUUUUAUUCUCUGAACCUUUGGUUUUAAAAAAUAGUCAUUUUACUGAACAACAAAAUAUUCAAGAAAAUUUAAUAGUUUUAUCACCAAAUUCAAUUGUUGGUAGUGUUGGUACAAAUAUUGAUUCAACGACCACUACAACCACCACUAAUGGUUUGUCAUCUUCAAUUAAUAGUAAUCAUUCUGUAACUUCACCAACAAUUGAUUCUACUACAACUCCUCCAUAUGUUUUUACACCAAUUCAAAAUUCUCAAUCAAAUUCUUCUGGUUCAUUAAUUGAUUCAAUUGGUAAUAAUAAUAAUAAUAAUAAUAAUAGUAAUGGUAAUAAUAAUAAUAAUAAUAAUAAUGGAUUAAAUGGAUCAGUUAUUAAUUUAAGAAGAUUUGAAAAAAUGAUAUUAUCACAAAUUAAAGAAUUUUUAACAACAAAGAUUGAAGAAUUAUAUGGAAAGUUUAGAGAAACUUCAUUUAAACCAUUUUUAAGAAAAUUAUGGAUUCAAAUUAUUCAAGAAUUACAAUAUCUAUUAAUUCAAAGACCAAAUGAAUUGAAAUUACCAUUUCAUUCUGAUCAUGUAAUUUUAAAUGUUGAUCAAAUUUUAAUUGUAAAUUCAGUACUUAGAGAAUUAAUGGUAUUAUUUCAUAGAGGUGGUGGUGGUGUUGCAACACCAAUACUUGAAGAGAAAUUAUUACCACUUCGUUUAUUAUUAUCAUUAUCUGAAAUGGAUACAACUUCUUUAAUUGAUCAAUAUAAUCAAAAUCAAAAGAAACUAUCAAAUAGUAUGAAUUCAUCAUCAUCGUCAUCAUCAUCUGGUUCAUUAUCAACAUCAACAUCGGCAACAACAACAACUAAACAAACUUUAAAUCAAUUAAUUUCAAAUUCACUUGAUGAAAUUAUAUCAAUUUUAUCAACUAGAAUGGAAUUUGAUAAAGAAUCACGUACAUUUGUAAAUAAGAUUAAAGGUGUAGUUGAAAAACCUUUGGUAAUAGAUGGUGUUGAUAUUUCUAUUGAAAGUAUAAAUGUUAUUCCAGAGAAUGAGUUCAUCAUUGAAAAAUAUCUUUGCUCCUAUAAUGGUCAAUUAGGUCUAUUGGUAAUUAGUAGUAGAUAUUUAGGUUUUCAUAAUCUCUUAAAACAAGUUGGUAUUUCAAUUGGUGGUAAAAUAUCUGUACCACUUUUAAAUAUUAUUGAAGUUAAGAAAAUUAAAGUAGCUUUGGUUUUCAAUGCUCUUCAAAUUAAAACAAGUGAUUAUAAAAUUUUUAAUUUCACAAGUUUUAUUAAUAAAGAUAGAGAUACAGUUUAUAAUGAUAUAGUUUAUCAAAUUAAAGUUAUUAAAAAGAAUACAACAAAACAACAACAACAACACCAACAAAAAAUAAAAUCAAAAUAA